AUGAAUAUUCAACUUAAAGGGUAUGGUAAUCUUACUUUAAUUGGUGAAGGUCGUUUUUCUUUUGUAUACAAGACACAGAAUCAAAUGAAUAGCCAUCUAUAUGCUGUUAAAGUCAUGUCUCCGAAUUCAAAAAUUCCAGAACCAAGUGUAGCUUUUUAUCGAGAGAUUCAAGCAUUAUCAGUCGCGAGUCACCCAAAUAUAGUCAAAUUACAUGAAGUGGUGCAAGUACAGCCAUCAAUUUCCUUAGUUAUGGAAUAUCUUCCAUACACGUUAUCUCAGGUUGUUCAACUUUCAAUACUUCCUGAAGCAAUUGUCAAAGGAAUAAUGCUUAUGCUGCUCCGAGGGCUUGCUCAUUUGCACGAAUUAGGAAUUAUUCAUCGAGAUAUUAAACCUGCAAAUUUAUUAAUGAAUCCACAAGGAAUUCUUAAAAUUUGUGAUUUAGGAUUAUGCAGAAUACUUCCAGAAAAGCUUGCUGGAAUAGGAGGAGUAAAAACAGACGAUGAUACUCAUGCUUGGACUUUACAAGUCGGAACAUCGUUUUACAGAGCACCAGAACUUCUUCUUGGUGAUAGAGGCUAUGGAGAAGCUGUUGAUACUUGGGCUGUCGGCUGCGUUAUGGCAGAAUUAUUAAAUGGGAAGCCUCUCUUUAAUGGCCAAGGCGAUAUCGAACAACUAGGUUUUAUAUCAGGAAUAUUGGGUUCCCCUGAUGAUAAGAAAUGGCCUGGAUUUUCUCAACUUCCAGGUUCUGGCCAGAUUUUGUUUAAAGAGAGAGAGCCAGCAAACAUAGCAGAGUUGUUCCCCGCAUGGAGUCCUGAAGCAGUUGACUUAUUUAAGCAGUUUAUUGUGUACGAACCAGGACAAAGGAUUUCUGCAAGAAAUGCAAUGAAGCACAAAUGGUUUUUCGUUGAACCUGUUCCAAUAAUAGCUCCAUUUGACGGAAAGUCAUUUGACCUCCUCAAUGCUACGCCAAUAUAA